AACUUUCAAGAAACGCUUGGCUCUCUGAGAGCAUUGUUGUUCGAAGAGAAGUAAAAAGCUCCCGUUGGAAAAUGGCUCUUUGACGAUGACUUGAUAGAUGGAUCAAAUCGUUAACGUCGAUGAGUUUCAAGAGCUGGCCAAACAGGCUCUCCCUAAAAUGUACUAUGAUUUCUACAAUGGAGGAGCAGAGGAUCAACACACUCUCAAGGAAAAUGUCCUGGCUUUCCGUAGAAUCUUGUUUAGGCCUCGAGUUCUUGUUGAUGUGAGCAAAAUAGAUAUGUCCACAAGUAUAUUGGGUUACCCUAUCUCAGCUCCCAUCAUGAUUGCUCCAACAGCAAUGCAUAAGUUGGCUCAUCCUGAAGGAGAAAUCGCCACUGCGAAAGCUGCAGCUGCGUGUAACACUAUCAUGAUAGUAUCAUUCAUGUCUACUUGCACUAUUGAGGAGGUUGCUUCCAGUUGUAACGCUGUUCGGUUUCUUCAAAUAUAUGUGUACAAGAGACGCGAUGUAACAGCUCAGAUUGUGAAAAGAGCUGAAAAAUCUGGAUUCAAGGCUAUAGUUCUAACUGUUGAUGUUCCCAGACUUGGUAGAAGGGAAGCAGAUAUAAAGAACAAAAUGAUAUCCCCACAGCUGAAGAAUUUUGAAGGCUUAGUUUCAACCGAAGUCCGACCUAAUGAAGGUUCAGGGGUUGAAGCCUUUGCCUCUAGUGCACUUGAUGCUUCGUUAAGCUGGAAGGACAUCGAAUGGUUAAGAUCUAUUACAAAGUUGCCAAUUCUGGUCAAAGGGUUACUCACACGUGAAGACGCUCUUAAGGCUGUUGAAGCUGGUGUCGAUGGAAUAGUUGUAUCGAACCACGGGGCUCGUCAGCUCGACUAUUCCCCUGCUACGAUAACUGUUUUAGAAGAGGUUGUUCAUGUUGUUAGAGGUAGGAUUCCGGUUUUGCUCGAUGGAGGAGUAAGACGAGGAACAGAUGUUUUCAAAGCACUGGCACUUGGAGCACAAGCUGUUCUUAUAGGGAGGCCUAUAGUCUAUGGGCUUGCAGCUAAGGGUGAAGAUGGAGUGAAAAAAGUGAUUGAUAUGUUAAAGAAUGAGUUUGAGAUUACUAUGGCUCUUUCUGGAUGUCCCACCAUUGAUGCCAUAACCAGAAACCAUGUUAAGACAGAGAAUGAGAGACCUCACUCUAUGCUCUGAUCCUAAAGCCAACAGAUCUGGUCUCAGAGACUUAAACAGACGGACAACAGUACGAAAUACUGUCACUGCACAUAAAUAAUAAAGCUCUAUUUCAAGA